AUGAAAACCUUCAAGGUAUUGAGGGUACUCAAAAGGGUCGUGGCCUCUGCUCCUUUUGCCUGUUUUUUCUUUCGUUGCAAAGAGCCAAAAACCAGAGGUGUCGGGUCGAGAAAGAGCUGUACCAUCGGGCAGAUGCGGCUGCGGCUGUGGUUGCUGUUACUUGCGCUUGCUGCUUGCUGUGGGGGAGAGAACGGGUGGUUCAGGUACGGAAAGUGCGCGGGCACCUCACCUUCCAAUUCUCAGCAUCCGACGGGGCAGGCAGGUGGGCAGUGUUGGCGACCCCCUUCCCUCUUUUGCCUUCGUGCCUUCCAAGUUCCGUCUCUUCCCCUUGACUUCCAGUUCCUCGCUUCCAAGGUCCACACUGAUUAG